AUGGAAUCCUUCGUCCCAGUCACCGGCCUAGCCGAGCUAGACCAGCACCUGGAUAGCCUCUUGGCAGCGACAGCAGCCUCGAUUGGCUCAGUGCUCGAGACCCGGCCGCUCGUGGAUGCCCGCCUCUUUGACAGCGUCGAGCUGCAGCUGUCGGACGCCAACAUCCCCGUGCUGGCGCCGCGGCUGCUGCCCAAGAUUGUCGCUGUCCUGCAGCAGCAGUCGCUCUGGCCGGCCGACCCGGCAGCCCAUCGCGGCGAGGGUGACCGGGCGGCCGACAUCCUCUCGUCCAUGGCCACGAAGCUGCUGGGACCAGUGCGCUUCGGCGACGUGUUUGCGCUGGCGUCCGAGGCCGAUCUGGUGGCGGCCCUGGGCGCAGACGCGGCCCCGGCAACGAACGUGCUGGCCAUGACGGUGGUGCACAAGGCCGUGGUGGGAGAUGGAGCUGAGACGGCCGACAAUCUGCGACGUCUCACCGGCAUGUACGCCCUCAUCACGGCCUUUUUGACGCGCUGGCUGGCUGCACCGGCGGCCGAGGUCGGCGAGAAGGGCGGCCGCGUGCUCGGCGAUCUGCUGGACGUCGACUGUCCGCUGGCACCGCCUUCUCAACCAGAAAACACAACAGCUUCGACUCCCAUGAUCAACGGCACGCGCACCAUCACCGUCGAGGAGCCCAUGGGUGGCGGUGGCGUGCUGCCGACCCUUCGCCUUGCUCCCGGACCCGGCGUCCUCUGGCGUCUCUUCUUCCGCGACGGUCUUUUCUACGACCGACUCGCGGCCAUUUGUGGUGGUGGUGGUGAUCACGACGGCCGGGCCGCGUAUGGAGACGACCCCCGCGUCCGCCUGCAGCGCACCAUCGCCCAGGGUCGCGUGUUGCGCGUGGUGCCACGACUGGCUUCGCUCAAUCUGGCUGCAGUGGCAAGCGAAGGUGCCGCUUCUACUUCUGCUUCUCCCGACGUCCUCUCCUUUGUCGCCCUUCACAUGGUCGACCGCUCCGACCGAUUGAUGCACCUCAGCCUCGUCGACUUCUUCGAAACGCUCGUCAGCGUUAUGCGUGUUGCCGUCCUCUCGACCACGGCCUCGGCUAAUGCUGCCUACGCCGUCGAGGUCCUGCGCGGUCUUCUUCGCAGCGCCACCGCUCACGACACCUUGCUGGCCGACGCCCUGCAAAGUCUGCCCGACCGCACCGUGCCCGAGGAGGCUGUCCUGCUGCGCGAAUGGCUGGCCCAGUUGAUCCCGUCGGCCGCACCGCGCGUGACUGGAUGGCCGUAG